AUUUAUAUUUAUUUUAAACUCUCCGUAUCAUUGUGAACUUCACAAAUGAAAGCGAUAAUAUUAAUUUCUUUCUAUGUGGCACUAUUGCCUUUGAUUAUUCACAGUGGUAGCAACACUGGAAGUAUGAGUUAUAGUAAAGGUGGCAUUGCGAAAAAGAUUGUCCUACCGUCUCACCAAAACAAGAUCCGCCCGCCGAACACAAAUGUUCAAAAAUCUUUGGGACAACGGAAAAAUCUGGGCAAACAGCUAGUUUUGGACAAUAUUCCCAAUGUUCGUGCUAGUUUGCAAUCUUCGAAUUUUGAUUCGUUCGACUCCGGUGUAAAAUUCGAAAGGCUGGAUGAAAGACUUGACAAAAUAUUGAGAACAGGCAGAACUAUCAAUGAUAUCUUUAAACCAUCAAAAUUUCUUGGCAAAGGCGGCGUCGGUGUCACUUAUCUGGGUGAAUUAAUUGGAAGUAAUAAAACUGUUGCCAUGAAAUUUGCACCAACGGUUGAAAAUGAAAUUGAGAAUGAAUAUGAGAUUUAUACGUAUCUGGGUGCAAUUGACAAUUCAACAGUAGAGAACUAUGGAAUUCCAGCCGUUCAGUAUUAUGGUAAAUGGGAAGAUUGCAGUAUGAUUGCCAUUACACCACUCGAUGCAAAGUUCAACGAAAUAGUAAAAAAAUGUAGAAAGAGUGGUUCCACUUUGAGAGAUAUUGACAUUUUAAUAAUAUGCCGAGAAUAUGUGAGAAUAUCAAAAUAUAUACAUAGCCGUGGCGUUUGUCACUGUGACAGCCACCUUCGCAAUAUUAUGUUUCGUGGCAACAAAGGCUUCGUAAUUGAUUUCAAUAUGGCCACGAAAGUCUCCACUGAUGAUGAUGACGAUUGCAGAAAAUAUGACUGGCACAAAUUUUUAGUCGAACUACAUCUUUCCUUGAAUAUAGAAUUCAAAAUUAAGGACCUUAAAAGAAGCGGAUUGAAAAGAGUACUUCUGGAAUUUCAAAAAUCUAUCGAUAAUGCUCCACCAAUUGAUUACGAUCGUAUGUAUGAAAUUAUCACGGAAGAAAUUCGUAAUCAGGGAGCUCAGGAGCCAGCCCUGGUUUCAUGGUUGACAGAUGCACAGAAACCAAAGGCAAUAGCUGAAUGGAGAAAAAAACCGACAGAUAUUAAGUUCAUCAAAUCUAUUUCCAAUCCAUAUUCCUCUCAGUUUGAUUACCCGGAACCAAACUAUGAUUACUUCAGUAGUAGUUGAUAUGCAAAGAAAAUUCAGUUGAUUUUAAAAUAAAAAAGAUUACUUUGAAAUAUA